AUGGAAGGACAUAACACAUACUACCCGCAGCAAAUGUAUACAAGGGACAAUUAUGGAGUUAUGGUGACCAUUCCUGGAACAUAUCCCAACACCCAACCUCCUGCAUGUGUCUACCAAAGGAAUUCACACGAUGGCUCCUAUGGGGGCCAGACUAUGACAGUAGUUGAAUCGGGGCUACAUGGAGAAACCCCUAAUAAUAUAAACCAUCAACUAUCCCCACAAGGGAUGCCGGUGAAUGUUCAAGGACAUGCUCAACAGACCAACCCUACUCCGGCUCAUAUGCACAAUUCGCAUUUAAUCAACUCACCUUCCCUUCAAACAUCUGCCAGUCUGCCUCCACCUGCACACACCCAAACGGUUCCACCCCCUGUGUCCUCCAUGUCCGGUCCCGGUGGUGACAGUUCCCCCGAUACAAUCAACAAUAACAACAACCAACAACAAUCACAACUUCAGUUUCCGUGGAUGAAAACAACAAAAUCUCAUGCCCAUCAGUGGAAAGCGCAGUGGCCAGGUGCCCAGUUUCCUAUUGAGGACGAUAACAAACGGACACGCACAGCCUACACACGGGGUCAGCUGCUAGAGCUUGAAAAAGAAUUCCAUUUCAACAAGUAUAUUUCGAGACCAAGGCGGAUAGAACUGGCCGCCAUGUUGAAUUUGACGGAGAGACAUAUAAAAAUCUGGUUCCAAAAUCGUCGGAUGAAAUGGAAAAAAGACGAAGCUAAACGACGACCCAGACCGUUACCUUCAGAUUCGUCGUCAACAAAGUCGGAAUCACAAAACUCUCCUCCGGAUUCCCCAACUCUCACAGACUUAUCUCCCAUCACAACUAGUAAAAAUGGCGGUCGGUCACCAAACGAUGAGAGUGCUGAAAGUGUUCAAAUAAUUACAAAAAAGGCAUUAUCAGAAAACGGUGUGUCAACACAUUUGAAAAAGGAAGACUCUUCAUGA